UAUUUCUUUUUGACUCCUCUUUUGAAAAAAAGCGACGACAAAGUCGAGUCAGCACGUUAUUUUUACGCGAUUUUAUUGUGGAGCAGUGAGAAAUAUCCUUAAAUUGUGCAAAAUAAUAAUACAAAAUGGAACAAUUUGAUUUAACAAAGAUUAAUUGCCAAUUUUUGGACAGGCAUCUUACUUUUCCACUGUUGGAGUUUUUGUGUGGAAAGGAGAUUUACAAUCAACAAAAACUUUUAGAAUACAUCCUAGAGACAGUGAACAAAACAAACAUGAUUGAUUACACUAUGGACACUCGCAAACGAUUGAAUCUUAGUCAGGAGAUGCCGGAGGAAUUGGUGCAACGCAAAGCUGAGGUGCUGGCUACACUAAAGCAAUUGCAAAAUGAAGUGGCUCCUAUUAUGAAAGCCACCGACAUUCUUAAGAAUGGUGAAAGCAUGAAAGACUCCAAGACUUUCGUUAAUGCUUUGCAAAAGGAUUAUAACUUUAAGGUGGAACAUUUGGAGAGCGCAUACAAACUGGCUAAGUAUUUGUAUGAGUGCGGUAACUAUCAGGAAUCGACGUCUUAUUUGUAUUUCUGCUUGAUUGUCAUGUCACCAAAUGAUAAGAACUACUUAAAUGUCCUAUGGGGAAAAUUGGCUGCCGAAAUUUUGACUCUAAAUUGGAACACAGCGCUAGAAGAUUUAACACGUCUGCGGGACUACAUCGAUAAUGCUAAUUUUUCAACAAUUCAAGCGCUUCAACAACGUACAUGGCUGAUCCACUGGUCCGUGUUGGUGUUCUUUAAUCAUCCCAAAGGUCGAGAUCUGAUCAUUGACAUGUUUCUUUACAAACCUCUGUACCUAAACGCCAUUCAGACAAUGUGCCCACACAUAAUGCGUUACUUAGCUACUGCUGUCAUCAUUAACCGUACACGCCGUAAUGCAUUAAAAGACCUUAUCAAGGUGAUCCAACAAGAGUCUUACACUUACCGUGAUCCCAUCACGGAAUUUCUUGAAUGCCUCUAUGUGAACUUUGAUUUCGAAGGUGCUCGUUUAAAACUUCAUGAAUGCCAAACCGUAAUAUUGAAUGACUUUUUCAUUGUCGCGUGUUUAAAUGAGUUCGUUGAAGAUGCACGUCUUAUGAUCUUCGAAACAUUCUGUCGUAUUCAUCAGUGUAUCACCAUUAGUAUGCUUGCCGACAAGCUGAAUAUGAAACCCAAUGAAGCAGAAUGCUGGAUUGUAAAUUUAAUUCGUAAUGCACGUCUAAAUGCAAAAAUCGACUCUAAAUUAGGUCAUGUGGUGAUGGGAACCCAACCACUGAGCCCUUAUCAACAACUGGUCGAAAAGAUUGACUCAUUGUCUAUGCGCUCAGAACAUUUGGCCGGUUUAAUAGAACGCAAAAAUAAGCAAAAGAAUCCUGAAUCGAUUGAUUCGUGGAAGUAUUAUUAAGCGACGUUUUUAAAUUUCCAGAAAUAAACUAUAAUUUGUAACACGUUUAAAUUAUUAUCAAACGCCAAGGGCCUUAAUGACCAGUGCCCUGGGUGAAUGUCAAAAAUUCAUUUUUAUAUAAACAAUGUAAAGAUUAAAAAGGCUAGAAUAAAACAACAACUACAAUUCGGGCUGCAA